AACAGCGUCCGCCAUUUUACGUUAGCCAACGUUAGCCGAGACUAGUGCGGUACGGUGGAUCGCGUUUCGCGAGCGAAUUUCUGUGGCGAGCGCGCGUUGGUCGCCCCAGUGCCGAUACGCGCGUACGCGUCCGCGUCCUUGGAUCGCGUACAAAUGUACGGGGGCACAAACGUCGAUUCCCGCUGAUCGUUCGCGCGCCCCGUGUGUGUCGCAGUGUGUCGAGAGCGAGAGGCGAGAUAGAAGAGGAGGAAGAGGAGGAGAAGAAGAUGGUGCCAGAGGGCCUCGGGAGCGACAUCGUCGCCGUGAGCUAGCGCCGUGCGCGCAGCCAGUCGUUUGACGAGUCGUCUACGGGGUGCACGGUGUACGUGUAGGCGAUUGUGCGUUUUACGAUACAGUCGGAUACGGCGCGCGGGACGAGUUAGUUAGCGGGAGCUCCAGUGAAUCCCGCGCGCGUCAAUCGGAUCGGCUCGUUCGGUUGCGUCUCGCGUCGCGAAUCGAGUCGGGACGAAACGUGACGGGACGGGACGAGACGGGACGAGACGAGAGACGGUCGAGUCCGCGCGACGUCGCGCGACGUCGCGCGCUCAUUCAUCCUCUGGCGAUCGGAGCGGCACGGUCGCUCGUCGUCGUCCGUUCGUGGCCGUGUCGUCACCGUUCGUCGCGAUCGCGGUGGUUGUCGCCGUCGUCGCGGUCGCGGUCAUCCGCCGUCCCGCCAGCGACGCGGCACGGCAGCCGUCCCGUCGUCGAGCGUAGAGCGAGAGAGAGAGCGCGAGAGAGAGGAGCAGCAGGAGUAGCAGGAGCAGCAGCAGCAGCACCAGCAGCACCAGCAGCAGUCGAAGCGGACAUUGUUACUCGGGUCGUCGAGUAUCGCGGUGUGUGCUCCCGCUUGCGUGCGUGCGUACGCGCGUCGUGCGUGCGUCGUGCGGACUGCGACCGCCGGGGUUCGACGUACCCCAACCCCUACGAUGCCCAAUGGUUGACCGUGCACCGCGGUAUGUUACACGGGGACGCUUCACGCGCCGCGGUUCCCAUUGUUAUUGUUAUGCGAGCGGGGGCGAUCGCGGCUCGGUGAACUCGUUACGCGGCUGUAAGGGAGAGACGACAGCGUUAUUAUUAUCGACGACGAUCGCUGAUCUAGAGCCGAUUGCGGCGGCAACGACGGGGCCGACGAGGACGGCGGUCUUCUAGUGCGAGAGCCAACGUGGUAGCUCGUUACCGGGCGCCGAGUUUCGCUUUUAUGCGCGCCGCUGCCGACUGACAGACAUCGGAAACAGCGAGAGCGCUUGCGGAAGAGAAGAGGUUAGGUUUAUUACGGAAGAAAGAUAACAGGCCCGCGGAGGAGCCAUGGCCGACCACCUGGUGGACGGGCCUCCGCCGAAGCGGCCGAAGCUCGAUCCGUUCCAGGGGCCCUCGGAUACGACGGUGGGUAUGGCGCCUUUAAUGAUGCACCAUGCUUAUACGAACUACGGGGGAGGUGGCAGUGGUAACAUGCAACAAAUACAGGGCCCACCGCAACAGCUACAUCUGCAACAGCAUCAGCUGCAACAACACUGGAACAACCAUAGCAUCCAGAAACGAAAUUACAUUACAAACACAGAAAUGUUUGAUCUUGAAAAUGAUCUUCCUGAUGACUUGCUGUCGUCUGGAUCUUGGGGUUCCGCGACCGAGAGCACCAAGCCACCGGCAACCGGUCCUGGUCCGGGACAGCAAAAUGGUGCUCUCGACUCAGAACUCAGGCAACAUGUACAACAGCAGCAGCAACUCUCUCAUCAUCUCAUUCAACAGCAGGGCAACAAAAAUCUGGUGGCGAAUUCCUUGGUAAUGGCUGCCGGUACGCUAGGCAAUAAAAGUCCAAAUAUGCAAUCACCACCGAAUGUUUCUGUCUCCAAGGGAGUAGUCGAUCCGCAAAUGGUCGUGAGUCUCGGUAAUCUACCGAGCAGCAUAGCCAGUUCAUUGGCAAAUAAUCAAAUGUCCAUCGCAAAUUCGAUGGGCAGUCUGCAAUCGUCCAUGAGCAUGACCGGAAGUAACCCCGUAAUGUCGAUGCCGGGUGGCAUGAAUUCCGGAUUAGUGAUGACUAGUUCUGCUAGUGGGAACAACAAUAUGGGGGGAAUGGCCGGAGGAAGCUUGAUAGUAACCAACAGUUUGAACAAACCUUUAAAUACAGUAACCAUGAUGGGCCCUAAUACUCAAGCGAUACAUCAUCCUAGCGGGCCUCACGGAGUCACAUCGAUGCAAAACGGUCCCGGUAUGAUGAAUACGAGGACCGUGGCGAUGCAACAGCAACAGCAAGCGCAUAUGGUUGGCCCGGCGAGAGGACAGAGUCCUCAUCAGCAAGUGCAUCAAGUUGGUAUCGUUGCUCCGACUCAAAGCGGCCCUAGGAUGCAGGCUCCUCCUAACAUGACGAGUUUACCGAACAUGGGACAAAUAAGUGCAUCAAGCCCAUACGGUUAUGGUUAUACAAAUAUUGGUGGGCUAGGAUCGAAACUAUGCGUCAAUAAUCUCGUAGGUGUUGUCAAACCGCAACAAAAAGCUGUGGGUACAAAUAUGACCGCUAUGCAAGCAGCAGCAGCAGCUGCCAACAGAUUUACCGGAACCGCUGGUCCUAUUGGUGCUACGAACGUAGGCGCUCAGGAGAGUGGAACGGCAACACAGCAAACACAACCACCCGCACCGAGUCCCGCUCAACCUCAGUCAGGAGCAUCGACUGGAGGACAGCCAGGUCCACAAGGUAUUCAAGGUCCGGCAGGUAUUCAAGGGCAAAUGGUUACACCAACUCAAGAUCUCUUGUUGUAUCUGCUAUAUUUAGGGGCCGCAAAAUCAACACCCGAUCCUGAAAAGUGUAGACUUAUCCAGCAGCAAUUGGUGCUACUUUUACAUGCACAUAAAUGCCAACGCCGCGAAAAUCAAGCGAAUGGCGAGAUGAGACAAUGUACCUUACCAGAUUGUAAGACGAUGAAAAACGUUCUGAAUCACAUGACGAAUUGUCAAGCCGGCAAGGGUUGUACUGUACCACACUGUAGUAUGUCCAGGCAAAUUAUCAAUCAUUGGAAACAUUGCAAUCGAAGUGAUUGCCCGGUCUGUUUGCCAAUAAAACAAGCGAAUAAAAACAGGACUAAUUCUGCGCAAGCUCCUACAAUUCAACCAAAUAAUCAGCCAAAUCCGAGUCCAUCUGAGAUGAGAAGGGCUUAUGAUGCUUUAGGAAUCCAAUGUCCAACAACAACACCGGGACUCUUACCCGGCCAAGGCGUUGGUAGAGGUGUUAGAAUGCCAGCAUCCGGCAUGGCGGGUCCCCCAGGUACACUGGGCAAUGUUAGAUUAACAACGCAACCUCAAACACAGACCGCGCCAGGACAGUCCGUAGUAGGUGCUGGACAACAAGUGGUGGCUCCGAACGUAUCUCUUCCUUUAAAUUCCGAUCCUAGUACGGUUGGGGUAGCCGGUAAUCAAACAGUAUCAACAACUGGGCCCACGUCCGCUGCGGCGGCGGCCGCCGCCAAUAUACAGCAGUCCGUCAAUAUGCAAACAUUGUUCGGACUAAACGAGUCUGGGCAACCCGGUGUAAUAGGUGGAGAGAAUAGAUUAGCUAAUUUGCAGCUUCCAGGCGGUCUUCAGUCCGGUCAAGUCACAGCUACACCAGUGCAAGGAACAAAGGAGUGGCAUAUGUCCGUCACUCCAGAUCUCAGGAAUCAUCUCGUUCAUAAACUGGUCCAAGCAAUAUUUCCAACUCCUGAUCCCCAAGCGAUGCUUGACAAAAGAAUGCACAAUUUGGUCGCAUACGCGAGAAAAGUGGAAGGUGAUAUGUAUGAAAUGGCCAACUCGCGGUCAGAAUAUUAUCACUUGCUAGCUGAGAAGAUUUACAAAAUUCAGAAAGAACUUGAUGAGAAACGACAGAAACGGAAGGAACAGCAGCAGCAGCAGCAGCAGCAACAAUUACAAGCGCAACAGCAGCAGCAACCGCAACCAGCAGGUUCAUCCGGUCCUGGAUUGAGGCCGUGCGCCCCGCCAAACGUGGGAACUGUUAUACCAGGGACAUCAAAACCUGUCGGAACAGUACCACCUACUUUACGAAGUCACUCACCCAGUAUGAGCCAAUUGGGAACGAUACCUGCAAUGGCUAUUCAGCACAACAGAAUGCAAUUUCCUCAGCAACAACAACAAGCUCAGCAGCAGCAGCAGGCUCAGCAACAACAACAAGUGCAAGUGCAAGCUCAGCAGCAGAUACAACAACAGCAACCAGGGAUCCUAGUCGGACCUCCCGGUCCUAGUCCAAAUGGACAGUCCACAUCCAACACUAUGGUGUCGAAUCCCGGACUUAGUCCGUUUGGACAGCCUCAAAUGUCUCAAGCUAACCUCACAACCACUACUGCAUCUAAUAAUGCAACGACUAGUCAAUUCCCGACGUCUAACGGUACAGCUUCUGGUUUACCUAAUAGCUCUCCUAUUCAGAAUCAACAUCAGUUCCCCGAUCUGAUGAAAGUCAGAGCCCUAACGCAAGCCCAGGUUCAGGCAGCGCAACAACAGCAGCAACAAUCACAACCGACGAGCACCCCGAAUCAGGUUGGUACUCCGGUAUCAUCGAUUCCGCAAGCCCCAUCACCUUUUAGCGGCAUGCAACAACCGAACGCGCAACAACAACAGCAAUCAAAUCAGCAAUUUCCCAAUCGACCAUUGUCGGCUUCCACACCCAAUGAUAAUGGUAUCGCUACAUCAACGCCGCAGACAAUACCACCACCUGUAUCCAGCGGACCAAGCCCGACGGGCGGCAUGUCCGCAACGACGACGACGGGUACGACGAACGGACCUCAAUCGACCACCUCUACACCGAAUACGCCGCUUGUGCCGUCGCUAAUGACACCGAAUCAGACAGUCUCUUCCGCAUCCAACCAGACACCGCCCCAUUCGGGUCCGACGCCGUCCCCUGCAGGUCUCGCAAGCCUUGGCAAGGGUAUGACCUCGCAGGAACGGGCUGCAUUGAACACUCCACGCAACACGUCCAUGUCCUCACAGAUGGCCGCUAUCACGGCAGCAUUAGAUCGUGACAAUUCUCCCAGUCCACCAAUGAACAACAACAAGGGCAAACUUGAUUCCAUUAAAGAAGAGAAUAUAAAGAUGGAAAUCAAACAGGAACCGGAGGAACCGCAGAAUCACAGAAUGGACGGUGGUAAGAGUGUGAACAAUGAGAUUACCAUCAAGACUGAGCCAAAAACUGAACCGAUGGAGGAGGGCUCGAAUGAAGCAAUCGUGAAGGAGGAACCUAUUGGUAUUAAGGAAGAGAGCAUGACUCCCAUUUCUGGUCAAGACGCGACUACCUCCGAUAUUAAACCUAUGGUACCGGAACCGAUUCAAUCGAGUGGCACAUCCACCGACAAAAAGAAGUGUUUGUUCAAACCCGACGAGUUACGCCAGGCACUGAUGCCGACGUUGGAGAAGUUGUAUCGACAAGAUCCUGAAUCCAUACCGUUCCGACAACCUGUGGAUCCUCAAGCACUAGGUAUACCGGAUUAUCCAACCAUUGUAAAGAAACCGAUGGAUCUAUCUACAAUCAAGAAAAAACUCGACACGGAGAAAUACAGCGAUCCAUGGGAAUACGUCGACGAUGUGUGGAUGAUGUUCGAUAAUGCUUGGCUCUACAAUCGCAAGACUUCUCGAGUCUAUAGAUAUUGUACUAAGCUCUCAGAAGUAUUCGAGCAAGAGAUAGAUCCUGUGAUGCAAGCUUUGGGAUACUGCUGUGGCAGGAAAUAUACAUUCAAUCCACAGGUGCUUUGUUGCUACGGCAAGCAACUCUGUACAAUACCUAGAGAUGCAAAGUAUUACUCGUAUCAAAACAGCAGUCUAAAGGGAAUUGGUCUUCUUUCCGACAGAUACACCUUCUGUCAGAAAUGUUUCAACGACAUUCCUGGUGACACAGUGACAUUGGGAGACGAUCCAACGCAACCUCAAACUGCCAUCAAGAAGGAACAAUUCCAGGAAAUGAAGAAUGAUCACUUAGAAUUGGAACCUUUUGUAACCUGCACGGACUGCGGUAGGAGAGUACACCAAAUUUGUGUACUCCAUAUGGAAACAAUCUGGCCAUUAGGAUUUACCUGUGAUAAUUGCUUAAAGAAGAAGGGACAGAAACGUAAAGAGAAUAAGUUCAAUGCUAAACGACUACCUGUGACGAAGCUUGGCACAUAUAUAGAGACACGCGUAAAUAAUUUUCUGAAGAAGAAGGAAGCUGGUGCUGGUGAAGUUGCAAUUAGAGUGGUUGCAUCUAGUGACAAGGUGGUCGAGGUUAAGCCUGGUAUGCGAAGUAGAUUCGUUGAUAAUGGCGAUAUGCCAGGCGAAUUCCCUUAUCGCGCGAAAGCGUUAUUUGCAUUCGAGGAGGUCGAUGGCACAGACGUUUGUUUUUUCGGUAUGCACGUACAAGAAUACGGGAGUGAAUGCACACCACCGAAUACGAGACGGGUUUAUAUCGCGUAUCUAGAUUCUGUCCACUUCUUCCGGCCUAGACAAUUUCGUACGGCUGUAUAUCACGAGAUUCUUCUUGGGUAUCUCGAUUACGCAAAGCAGCUUGGAUAUACUAUGGCUCAUAUUUGGGCAUGUCCACCUUCCGAAGGAGACGAUUACAUCUUUCACUGCCAUCCUGCAGAACAGAAAAUACCAAAGCCUAAAAGAUUACAAGAGUGGUAUAAGAAAAUGUUGGACAAGGGAAUGGUCGAAAGAAUCGUACUCGAUUAUAAGGACAUUUUGAAACAAGCUAUGGAAGACAGACUUUCGUCCGCGGCGGAUUUGCCAUAUUUUGAAGGUGACUUUUGGCCGAAUGUGUUAGAAGAAAGUAUUAAAGAAUUAGAUCAGGAAGAGGAAGAAAAGCGCAAACAAGCCGAAGCGGCCGAAGCGGCUGCUGCAAACGCGAUAUUUUCACUAUCCGAAGACUCGGAAACUCCGGAUGGUAAGAAGAAGGGCCAGAAAAAGGCGAAGAAAUCCAACAAGUCCAAAGCAAAUCAAAGAAAAAAUAGUAAAAAAUCUAAUACUCCUCAGACUGGUAAUGAUCUUUCUGCAAAAAUCUUUGCAACCAUGGAAAAACAUAAGGAAGUAUUCUUUGUAAUAAGGUUGCAUAGUGCUCAAAGUGCGGCUAGUUUGGCGCCGAUCCAAGAUCCUGAUCCUGUUAUUAAUUGCGAUUUGAUGGACGGUCGCGACGCAUUUUUGACUAUGGCUCGGGAGAGGCAUUACGAAUUUUCUUCGCUAAGAAGAGCGAAAUUUAGUUCUAUGUCCAUGUUGUAUGAAUUGCAUAAUCAAGGCCAAGACAAGUUUGUUUAUACUUGUAAUAACUGUAAGAGUCAUGUGGAGACCAGAUACCAUUGUACAGUUUGUGAUGAUUUCGAUUUAUGUGUAAGUUGUAAAGAUAAAGAUGGUCAUCCGCAUCCCAUGGAGAAACUUGGCUUUGAUUUAGAUGAUGGAUCAUCACCGGCCGAUGCCAAACAAACAAAUCCUCAAGAGGCACGGAAACUAUCGAUACAGAGAUGCAUUCAAUCAUUGGUGCAUGCUUGCCAGUGCAGAGAUGCUAAUUGCCGCUUACCAAGUUGUUGUAAAAUGAAGCGAGUGGUGAUGCAUACGAAGAAUUGCAAGAGAAAGACUAACGGUGGUUGUCCGAUUUGCAAGCAACUAAUCGCGCUGUGUUGUUAUCAUGCGAAACACUGCCAAGAAACCAAGUGUCUUGUUCCAUUCUGCUCCAAUAUUAAACACAAGAUAAAGCAGCAACAGCUGCAACAACGAUUACAACAAGCGCAACUACUCAGGAGACGAAUGGCUGUGAUGAAUACGAGACCAAGCGGACCUGUAGGAAUGCAGACUGGUCAGCAAACUUCAAACGUCGCCAUGGCGACUGGAGUUGCGAUGAAGCCUGGCGUCAGUACCUCGAAUCUACCAUCACCACAUCAGCCAGGUAUCGGCUUGAAACCUGGUACGCAGACGCCUCCCGCUCAUGUGUUACAAGUAGUGAAGCAGGUACAAGAGGAAGCUGCGAGACAACAAGCACCGCAUGUUAGUUACGGCAAAGUGACACCGGGUGGCGGGGUUGGCGUAGGUGUUGGCGUCGGUGUUGGCGGUCAAACGGGUGGCGUAAUGCCACCACCACAAAUGCAACGCCCAUUACCGGUCCAGAUGCAGAAUCCUGGCACUCAUCUUAUCCCAAUGGAUCAGUGGACGGCAAGUAGGUAUCAAUCUAACACGGUAAUGCAACAAAAUCCUAACUUGGCGCGACAACAAACGCCGCAGCAGCUGAUGCAACAGCAACAGCCACAUCAAGCUCAACCAGGGAUGGCAAUGAGUGCACAAAUGCCGCGACAACCUGGUGUGAUCGGCGGACAGGUUGGUCCGCAGGCGAAUAUGCAAAAGCAUGCUUUGCAACAGCUGAUGCAGACUCUCAGGAGCCCUCACACGCCCGAGCAACAGAACCAAAUACUCCAAAUACUCAAAAGCAAUCCGCCAUUGAUGGCUGCCUUUAUCAAGCAACGGGCGCUUGUUCAUCAGCAACAACCUGGUCAACAUGGGGGAGUCGCCGGCUCAUUGGCCCCUAAUCAACCUCAACAACAACCUGGUUUGCAGCAUAUGAUGUCUCAGCAACAACAAUCGCAACAACAACAGCAGCAGCAACCGCAGCAACAACAGCAGCAGCAGCAAGGCAGACUGCAAAUACAGACAAUGCUAUCACAGCAGGCGCAACAGCAACAGCCGGUACCACAACAACAAUGGUACAAGCAGCAGAUGAUAGCGAUGCAGCAGAGGGCUCAACAACAACAACAGCAGCAGCAACAGCAGCAGCAACAGCAGCAACAACAGCAGCAGCAGCAGCAGCAGCAGCAACAACAACAACAGCAACAACAACCGUUUACUCAACCACCAGCGCCGCCGUACGGUCAGCAACGACCUAUACGGCCGUCGCUUCUUGGUAAUCACACGAUCCCUCGUAAUUACUUAGAGAACGGGGAGGCUGCAUUACGCAACGUCAUUUUUCGACACCAACACUUGCCCAACUUCCCAGGUUAUGGUUUCAACGAACAAGGCUACGGUCAGCCGGGUCUGAAACCUACUCCGCCGCCUGUACCCUCGCCGCAAGGCGUCAUGGGGCCGCCGGGGAUCUCCGUGCAGCAACAGCUGAUGCAGUCAGUCCGUUCGCCACCGCCUAUCCGUUCUCCACAGCCCAACCCUUCGCCACGACCUGUUCCUUCUCCUCGUAAUCAGCCGGUACCGUCGCCGCGAUCGGGCCCUGUGCCAUCGCCGCACCAUCAUCCACCUCACAGCACGCCUACGCAUUCGCCGGCACACGAACUCGGCGGUCCUAGCGAGAUGAUGCUCUCGCAAUUGAGCGGUGGCCCCGGUGCGCCUACCGGUCAUCCCGCCGCUAUGCCUCAUCAUCCCUCGCCGGCGCCAGCGCCCACGAAUGGUGGCGCGGACGCCAAUGAGGUGACACCGAUGACGCCGCAGGACCAACUCUCCAAGUUCGUCGAGGGGUUGUAGUGACUGUUAUGGACGAUCACAUCGGUCGAUUAUGUAAGUGAUUUCCUUGACUCUUCGCCGGCGGAUGCCGGAUCAUUCUUGACUCAUAUCUUAAUGCUGUUUUAUGAAGUUUAUGUAACAAUUGAAACAAGUAUUUCAUGUGUAUAACAAUGUAAUGAUAACAACGUAAUUAUCAUUUUUUUAAAAUUUUAUUUAUAUGAAAAUAUUUUUCUUCUUAUGUUUUAAUCGUCGUGUAUAAAUAGCAUUUUUUGAAGAAAAAUAAAAAAUAAAUUAAAAUCCAACAUAAAAUUUCAUUCUGAAAUAUGUACAAAAAAAUUUUGCUAUGGGUCAAAAUAGAUUCAAGAUCCGUCGUGCGGUUGUUAGAGGAUUAAAAGAAGAUGAUGGCGGCGACGUUCGGACGGCUGCAAUCGUCUACAUCGCGUGAUUUAUAUAAAUAACGUUUGUGGGACAUGAUCAGGUCGUUAGAUAAUUAAUUCUGUUUCGUGCGCAUACAGAUAGAGACUGAAAAAGAUAGUCUGACAUGUGUUGCGUCGAGUUUUCGUUGAGCGAUUGAGCCACGUGUUUGGACUUGAAUCCUCAGGACCGGAGAGGGCGAGCUCCGAUUUUGCGACCCUUGAUCCUUUGUGCGAGACGCUCGGGUCGCACGCGCAAGUAUCUUCUCUUUCGAUUUUCUAUGUUACGCGAGAUAUCGAAAGAAAAGAGAGUUAACGCGACGUUGGUGCUUUUCAAUGUUACUCGGCCUGGCUCAAAUAGACUCAAAAUUAUUUUCGUCCUUGAUCAAGAAAAAAUAGAUGAGAUAGAAAAAUCGAUAAAAUGACGAGGAGGAACGAAAAACUAAAGCUAAAGAAAAUAUCGAGAGACUGUUAUUACGUAUUUUCCCCUCGUACCAUCCGGAGCCCCUUCGAUACUACCACUCUUCUUCGCUGUUGCUCAUGCAAGAUGAGUGAAAUCGUACAAAUAUAUAUAUACAUAUAUAUAUACAUAUAUAUAUGUUGUGUAUAUUUAACGUUAAUUAAUAAUUAAUAGUUCAAAUACUAUUAGCUCCUAAUUAGUACGAUAUAAUUAUAUGCAAUUACUCUAUAAUAGAUCGUAUGUAAGUAAUAUAUUCGUUUAAGGAGAGAAAAAUUUGUUAUUAAGAUGAUAUCUCCAUUUAAGCGCCGCCGAAAAGGUUGUAUCUUAGCGCCGUGAAAUUUUAUGGAAAUUAACGCGAGAGAUUCCACAUUUUCUCCUAUAUUGACUAAAUCAUUAGUCAUAUUGAAUGACGGCGAUUCUCUCAA